GGCCGAGAGUCGAUCUGACUCGGGUAAUUAAUAUACCAUAUUAGAUAGAAACUUGAUCACUGUAUGUAAAAAGGAAUUAUGGUUUAAGAUUUAGGGUUGAAUUUCACGAUCCUUUUCGGUCACAUCCGUGUUCUGUACCAUUGAAGAACAAGAGAAGGCAUUGGUUUAGUAGUUGCACCAAAUCCUCUUUCCGGUUAGACGAGACACAUUCCUCAGGCUUCCCGUCCGUAUACCAACUUUAACCAACAUUUCACAUUUUCCCAUCUCUUUUUUUUCUCUUUUAUCUUAUAUAUGUUUUACUUUCUCUGUUACUCUCAAUUCAACUGUUGUAUCGUAUCCCCCUCCCUAAAUCUACACUUUAACACACAAUCACUUCGCAAUGGAGUCAUGGGCAUUCUACCUUCUCUUCAUCUUCUUCCCUUUCAAAGCUACAUCCGUCAUCACACAAGUUCACUACCACGAGUUUGUUAUUCAAGCAACACCGGUCAAGAGGCUGUGCAUAGUUCAUAAUGUGAUCACGGUGAAUGGACAGUUUCCAGGACCGACCUUGGAGGUACAGGACGGUGAUACUCUCGCCAUCACUGCCAUCAACAAAGCGCAGUACAACAUCAGCUUCCACUGGCAUGGUAUCCGACAGGUCCGGAACCCAUGGGCUGACGGACCAGAAUACAUAACGCAGUGCCCUAUUCAACCAGGAGGGAGUUACACGUACAGAUUCACAAUUCAAGAGCAAGAGGGUACCUUGUGGUGGCAUGCACACAGUCGAUGGCUCCGAGCCACCGUAUACGGAGCUCUCAUCAUCCGACCUAAGCUUGGCUCUCCUUACCCUUUUCCAGUUCUUCCCAAGAGAGAAAUUACACUCCUUUUAGGAGAAUGGUGGGAUAGAAACCCCAUGGAUGUCCUACAAUUGACCCAAUUCACCGGAGCAGCACCAAACGUAUCAGACUCCUUCACCAUCAAUGGUCAGCCCGGUGAUCUCUACAGAUGCUCAAAACAAGAAACUGUCAAAUAUCUUGUAAACUCAGGAGAGACGGUCCUCCUCAGGAUCAUUAACUCUGCAUUGAACCAAGAGCUGUUCUUCGGUGUCGCAAACCACAAACUAACUGUAGUUGCAGCGGACGCGUCAUACACCAAGCCUUUCUCAACCAAUGUCAUAAUGAUAGGUCCUGGUCAAACAACUGAUGUACUUCUUACGGCAGACCAGCCACCAGCCAAUUACUACAUGGCCGCACAUGCCUACAACAGUGCCAAUGCAGCUUUUGAUAACACCACCACUACAGCAAUACUCGAAUACAAAAGUGCUCCAUGUGUUGCACAAAAAGGCAAAUCACAAGCUUCAACCUUUACAAGCUCCACAAUAUUUCCACAGUUACCAGGAUUCAAUGACACAGCAACGGCAACAACGUUCACAAACCAGAUAAAGAGUCCCUCAAAGGUCGAAGUGCCCCUUGACAUCGACGAGUACUUGUUUUUCACAGUUGGCUUAGGCCUUUUCAACUGCUUAAACCCUAACAGCCCACGGUGUCAAGGUCCCAACGGCACCCGCUUCACUGCCAGCAUGAAUAACGUUUCCUUCAUCUUCCCCAGAAGGAAUUCUAUCAUGCAAGCAUAUUACCAAGGCACUCCUGGUGUUUUCACCAUGGAUUUUCCUGCUGUUCCUCCUCUGAAAUUUGACUACACAGGAAAUGUGAGCCGAGGGCUGUGGCAACCAGUCCGUGGAACAAAAGCCUACAAACUGAAGUACAAAUCGAAGGUGCAGAUUGUAUUGCAGGACACAAGUAUUGUCACAACAGAAAAUCAUCCUAUGCAUCUCCAUGGCUAUGAGUUCUAUGUUGUAGGGUCAGGAUUUGGCAACUUCAAUCCAAGAACAGAUUCAACCAGCUUCAACCUCGUUGACCCACCAAGAAGAAACACAAUUGGAACCCCUCCGGGCGGAUGGGUGGCUAUCAGAUUUGUGGCCGAUAAUCCAGGAGCUUGGCUCAUGCACUGUCACAUCGACUCACACCUGGCCUGGGGCCUGGCAAUGGUCUUCCUGGUCGAGAAUGGUGCCGGAGAAUUGCAGGCAGUACAGUCUCCACCAUUGGACCUGCCCCAAUGUUGAGAUACCCAAACAGAGGACAAAAUCCAAACACUUCGAUUUGGAGGCUCUCGAACACUUGUAUCUAUACAUUAUUUUCUCCUUAGUAUGGUUUUCCUUGGGAUUUGACGUUACCUCUUUUACAAAAUAAUGAAACAACAGACACAAUUUGCCACCGUCUACCGACUGAGUGUAAAUGUAUUAU